CUAUGGUCUUCCACAAGGUCUGAUGUAUCUGGAGAUCUUCUACACACAUGUAUCUUUCCCUCACACUUUUUAGGAGCCGGGCCCAGAGACUGAGAGGUUCAGACCCCCUUGCCAUCCCUUGGUCARUAGCAGCAUCACCUGACAGGGAUCCCAACUGCAUCGCUUCACCACCAUCCAGCAUCAUAUUAUCACCUGCGGUGUCCCAGACGCGGACCAGCCGGCCCAAUAUAGAUUCAUUGGGUAGUCUUUUGUAAUCUCCCCUUAAGCCACGAAUGUUUUCUGGGGUCAGAGACUCAACAAUAACUACAGGUUCAGAUUCCCCUGCUAGCUGUGAGGUUAUUGGCUGCCCAUCAUCAUCUACGGGGCGAACGGAUUUGGUUUUAUGUUUCUUUCUCUGGAUAGGGGCAACUGCUACUGGCUUAAGCUCACUGUCUGGUUUAGCUGCAGCYUGAGUGACUGGGGUGUCUGCUGACUUGUCCUUUGGUCCAUCCGGCUCUGUCUCCUGCCCUACAGCAUUGAGCAGUGUGCGAUAAACAUUAGCCAGGACCCAGCAUAUUGCAAUGAGCUUCUUUUCCUUACAGUUCUCAUUGCAUUUCUCUUUCAGGUAUUUCCCCACUUCAGCUGGGUUCUGAACUUUUUCAGGMGGGAAGUUAAAGGCUAUUGGUUCAGAGAAUUCCUUCAGUAUUUGGCCUAUAUUUUCCCAUAUCCCACACCACUCAGAUUUUUCCACACAUGGGGAAGGUGUAUGGGUAGCCCCUCUGGAAAACUCAGCUCUCAUUCUAUACAUGCUGUAGAUGGUAUAGAGCAUUCCUACCAGGUGGAACAUCAGGAAAAUAGCAUCUUUGACAUCGAGGGGAAACUGAACAUCCUCAAAAGGUGAAAACAGGUUACCCAGACUAGGACGGAGAAACAAUAUAGUAUACCAGGUUUCAARAGCUCCCAGUACCUCUCUUAAACUUUUAUAGAUCAUCACUACCACACCUAUAAAUAUAACAACAGGAAUUCAUAUCCCUGAUCUAUAAAACUUCCAUGCAAGGGACAAAAUUGUCCCUAUAUAAGGAUAGGCAAAUAGACCUAGAGACCAAAAUGACAACAUUACUUCAAGGAGCAUGGUGACUUCUAACGGUAAAACAAUUCCAAGCAUUUAAAACACAAAUACAAUUADUACAAUUUUCUCUUCACUUUCUACAGCCUCACGUUGGGCGCCAAAAAAUUUGUCUCGGUUUKGAGACAAUGUUUUCAGAGGAAAAACGUUACAGGGGGAAUGUUUCCUCUGAAAUGAAAAUAAAUUUGAUAGUUUUUUCCACCAACAAGAAAUAGAUGCUGGGCAAAAAAAGGUGAAGAGAAAAAAGGUAGUUUAUUAACAACAACAACAAAAAAACCACAGUGCCCACAGGACACAGAUAAAGAGUAACUGUCAGAGAACAAGGAUACAGAUAAAAAGUAACUGUCAGAUAUUCAAACARAAAAGAAACUCGCCACGCAGCAAGGCAGCGACUCUCCCCCCGGGAAAAAAAAGACCAAAAGGAAAACCCACGUGGCGGUUCUUGUAACAGUGGCAAAAGGGCAAAAAAAAACAACCGAAAGAAAAGUACCACAGUCCCAGCUUCCCAGUGGAUGAUGAAUGAGAGGGCUCCGCGUGCCUCCGCUGCCAGCCCGGUCCGCCCUGGAAUCCCGGACCGAAUGGAGCCGUGAGGCCCCUCCCUCGGCGGGACCCAGGAGCAGCAGGAGACGCAGAGGGGAUGUUCGAGGAAAAGCCUCCGAAGCCAACCAACUGAGCCAGCAGAAACCGCGACACUGUAACUCUGCUCCACGCAGCAAGGCAGCGACUCCCACGAGGAGAAGCGGAGAGAGAGAGAGAGAGAGAGAGCAGCUCGAGCAGCCAGAUCGCGUGGCAGCCCUGGCCGUUAAACUGUCCGCUGUGACUUCCCAGCAGCCCCUGCUCCUUCUUCCGGGUUACAUGUUAAAGAUACAAACAUCUUUUUUGGCGUAUAUGUCAACGGAAAAGGAAUACAGAACAAAACUGGCACCAAAAAAUCAACCCAAGACAGUAUCACACUGAAAUAUCAGAAGUGUUUGAUGUCUUAGAAAAAAGAUUUUAUUAAUUUUGUGUGUUUGGGAUAAUAAUACCAAUUAUAUGCUAUAUAACUAGAGUAAUUUCCUUUUCUGCAAUUAAAAAAAUUGAAAGGCUCUUAAAUUGGCAUCAAGUUGGACUCUGGGAAUCUUAACCCAAUGAUAUUUUUUUAAUUGGAUGAUAAACUGACAUUUCUCUUUACUUGGACUGCAGUCAUUCUCACUGCAAAUGUACUGUUCAUGGAGUCCUCAGCCUCUCGAGAUUUGUCACUGUCUUUGAGGUUUCUAAUUACUUUUUAAGAGCUAGACUGAGCAGCUCUCUGCCUUUGCUUUCUAGCCCCUUUUACCUCUAGGAUACAUUAUAACUCCUGAUGUUUCUUAUCCUAAGUGAUAGGACCAUUAUAUGCAUGUUGCACAUCUCUCCCAUUUUCUACAGUGAUCUUGUUCCAGUUUUGCCAUUUUUCAUGGUUGGCUCCCCAGGUUUUUUUGGAAGUACUAGAAUGCCAUUGCUGAGAUAUUCUUAAUGAUUUGUUGUGCAUUCCUCUUACCUUCUGGUUUCUUUCCUUACGCUCUUAGUUCAUCAGAAGCGCCUUUUCCUUGCUUGACAAUGUAUUUUGCUUUUCUUUCCCUCUUGCUUUUUAACUAUUUUCAUUUUGUUGUAUCCAAUUCUUCAUGUUCCUCUAAGCAGUUCUUUAGUUAUGCUUGUACUUGAGUUCAUACCUAGAUUAACUUCCUUAAACAAAACUUUGAGAAUUCUUUCAUCUUCUUGUCAUGCAGACUGGAGAAUCAGGAAUAAGGCAAUUGCUGAAUAUUUUGUGCUCUGUGUGGCAGGAGUGAUGCUUGACUGGGUACUGAGGCCUGAGUUUGUAUUUUUGCAGUACUUUUAAGUAUUGUAUUGCAUGUACUUCUUGGGAAAAAUAAAAUAUGUUCCAAAUGUGUACAAUAGAAUUAUAAUUCAAAACCUUUGUGUUGAAUUGGCAGUAAAUACCGGUUAAAUUAACUUAUUUGAAGUUCCUGAUUAUUAUUUGGCAGGGGCAAAGUACCAGCUUAAAGAUUCAUACUGUGCAAGUUGCCAAACGAAAGUUGUGAUCUUUUAACUUUAAACUAUUUUAGAUAUUUUGGACUUAUUUCUGUGUUUCAGAAGAUAAUGUUUGUCCCCUGAUUGCUAGAGCUUGCAAGUCAAGGGUAAUGUAAAUCUGAGAAAAAUGGCAACUUUAUGAUGGUGUUGCUUAUAUUCUGAAAAAUAUGCAUGAGGAUAAUUCCAUUUAAGUUUCAGAUGUUUUUAAUGCAUUUUCUUCUUCUAAGACAAACAGACUUUUGAGUCUAUUUCCACAGUUUGUAUACUAACAUAGUUCCGUUGCUUCUUUGCAAUCUUAGUGUAGAUAUAUUGCAGUCCUUCCUGGGAACAAUUGGUAAGCACAAAUAUUUUUAAGCGUGUUGUUGAUGCAACUACUCAGAAUAGGGUUCUGAAUCUAAAGGGUGUUCCACUUUGCUUCCUAACCACGCAGAAGUGAGGGGUAGAUUUAGAGUAGUCUAUCUUUGCAGUGUGUUUAUGGCCUAGGUAAUAACCAUGCCAUGCAAUUACUAUUAAUGGAUCCAUCUUUAAAUUCCAUGUCCUGGAAUAUCACUCUGCCUCAGGGGUUUUGUGUUUGAGUAUAUGGUUAUUCCAGUUCCUCACUCUGGAUCAUGGAGUUAAAUCACAGCAGUUAACUUCUGUAUGGGUGUUGUUGUAUGGCAUGGACUGUGAAUUUCUUCUUUUUUAUCUGAUGCAUCUGAAUUUCCACAGGUAGCUGGGGUAUAAAAACCCUUGCACCCUGCCAUAGAAGAUCUUAAGAACGUCUGUGUUAGCCCUAUGUAAAAAAGAAUUUCUCCUCAAUCUCUUCAGCUUCACAACUAAAAAUGUAGCAGUAAAAGGCACUACAGAGUUAAAACAGUUCUUCAAUGGAACACAGGUUCCAGUGCUAGGGAUUCACAGUGGAAACGAGCAACAUUUAGUACCAACUAAAACUAGUAGCAUUAAGCUUUUUGUUACUCUUAUCACAGCCAAGCUGCUUCUGUAAAAUAUUUGAAAUCACACUGUAUUUUUUUUCAUCACAGAGGGAGAUUUCUCUAAAUUUCUGAUGGUUUUUGAAAUUAGUAUUAAUUUCAAAAAAUUAAUACUAAAGAAAGAAUUUGCAUAGUUUGUGUCAAACUAGUAUAAUUUUUUUAAAUUCAAAUUUUCAGUUGUCUGGUCAAUAUAAACCAGUCCCCAGAUACAUUUAUUUGUAAUUAAUUUGCCGUUUGUAAUAUGCCUGCUUGUUUUUCAGAAUAAUGUAAAAGCUAUCAGAAUUUUGCAUAAAAUGCAGGAAAAAUAAAAUUUAUUAAAAACCCCAUAUUUUUCUCCAAAAGGUGCAGUUAUCCCUGAGCUGAAAUAGAAACAGUAUGUUAUCCUGCAGAAAGCAGGAAAAGGAAUUUAAAAAAAUCCAUAGCUAAGGUGAUAACUAAUCUAUAUAUGUAGAUACAAAUAAAUUAUGCUUUUUCAGUCUGGAACCUCAUCUUUUGUAAAUUAGGUAAUUGUUCUGGAUUUCUACCAUGUUUGAAAUACUUAAUUUGGAUUAAGUAUUCUCUGACACAGUACUUCACCUAGCAUCAAACCAUUCAGUCUUUUGAGUUCAUAACAUAAAAAAGAGUAAAGGUGCAGUAUGUGGUCAUCAUCCAAUGUGAUGGUGCUGGCUUGGAGAAAAAACAACUUUUAUUGCUGUCAAGAAGUUAAAUGUCUGUUUCUUCUUGUUUCAAUUCUGCUUCUUCUGAUGAGCCUAUCCAGACACAGAAAUGUUCAAAUAUAAAUAAAAAGAGAGACCGUUUUUCUUUUUCAAUUUUUUCCUGUCUGUUUUUCUUUAAUUUGAUAUGCUUACAAAUUAAGAGCCUUUUAGGAAGCUGUGUAGAUCUUUACGAUUUUAAAAUUAAGGAGAUUCUUCAAUGAAAUAACAAAUACUUGUUUCUGCUGUUUGUAUUGUUUAAGUCUUUUAGUCUGUUUUUUCUUUUGUCAGAUCAUAGAGUAUAUAUUAGAUUUUAAGUAUUGUCAUAACAGUUUAUUAAAAAAACCCCAUAUGUUUAAGGAAUAGACAGAUCCCUUGGGGUUUGGGAAAAAUAGAGAAAACAGUGGGUUUCUUAUGAGCUCAGUUCAAUUCCCCACUCUCUUUUAAAGAAGUAACACACUUCUUCAGCAUUAGCUGAUCAAGAAAUGAACAUAGUUUUUGCCUAAUGAUGAGUUUCUGGACAGAUGAACACAUACCAUGCAUGAGGCAGAAAACAGGAAAAUACAUUAAUCUGUAUAGUCAUAGAAAAGUCCUGUUUCCUAGGAGCAUGCUCAUCAGUAAUGAUCCUGUUUCUUCUACCGUCACUCAGACUUACCAUGUUUAAUUAGAUCCAAGUGUGCUGCAGCAUUGGACCCCUAAGAGAAAUAUGUGGAUUUCUCCAAAGGGGGUGACUUCUGAGCUCCUCUUUUGGAGGGGUGGUAUAGAGAUUUGCAAGUGGGUGCCUGGUAUUCUCUGCCAGCAGUAAACCCAUGAUGGAGGUGGACCCAAUCUCAGUAAAACAUUCUUCAACAACGAUGAAAAGAGUGAUUUUCUACCAUAAAGUUGUGACAGUAAUUCAUCCAUAGGGUAAAUAAAGAAAAAGUCAUCUUCCUUUGAAUUUUCCUGGUAUUGCUCUUAACGUUUAUUAGAGAUAUCUCUGAUCCAAAAAUGAUCUGAGCAAGACUCUGCAACUUAUAUAAUUUUAAGUUGUGAAGUAGGUAGGUUUAUUGCAGCGCUGGGUGAGCAGGAGGUACUCCUCUAAGCCGCCCACACCGCAGCACGGGCACCGCUUGGUAUAUAUCAGGUUACAUGUUACACAUUCACCGAGUUUCUCAAUUCGCCUAUACAUAUGCAUGGCCUGUCCCCGCUUUGUAUUAUAAUGAGUUUAAAAGUCAUUUCCAUGCGCUCACGCCUGCGCCCUGUUAUCUGGUAGUGGGCUCCGGGAGGUCCAGGAGGAAGUAAAAUACUCAUCCUCUUGUCUUGAACUUUUCACCUUUCUCUCUUGCGCAUGCUCUCUGGGUCCCCGGCCCAAGUCCAAAACAACAACUCUGGUUCUGACCAGAGCAGGGGUUCCAUGAAUACAGGCUGGGUCACAGUCCCUGCUUUUGUCAAUAAUCUUUUACUUCUCAUUCUGCUUUGACAAACACAAUCAAUGUUAAGUAAACAAUAUACAUUGUCUAGCAAGCAGUUUCUAACAAGUUACCCUGUAACUUCUAACUUCCCUGCAUCAUCUCCCUCUUGAUAUUGUCAGCAAAUUUUCUACUGUUGUGGGUUAAAAUUCUUCUCCUUUUGUUCCCUUUCUUUGGGAAUUUUUUUCUUUCCCAUUUGUUGCUGGGAUACACUAAUUGCUGGGUCAUCCUUUUGAUUGGCUGCGUGAUUAACAAAGACAAUGAUACCUAUGCCCUACCCUAAUGGUCUGGCCAAGCGCUCGGAGAGAGUUUUUUUGUGUGGUGGGGGGGGAUUUGCAGUUUUUUUCGCUGCUUCGCUGAGAAGAGGAGGUCUGCUUGCUGGCUGCUACGGAGAAAGCUGGCCUGCCUUCUUUUCUGCGGAGACCAGCACUCCUGCUCAUUGGGGUUCCUGCUUGCUGCACCCUGGUUUUCUCUCCUGUGCCUUGCCGGGGAUUCCAGUUUCAGGGGUGAGCUCUGCUCCAUCCCGUCUCGCAGCGGCGGGAUUUCUGCUCGUCUCUUUGCCGUCCUGGAUUUCUUGCUGUCCAGAGGAGCACCGAGAUCAGCGUUUCCGCUGUGAGCUUUGCAGAGAAACUUUUCUCCAUCCACCUCUGCCAUUUUUUGUCAAUCAUUGACGCCGCGGGAGAUCUGAGCCAGCCGGGACCCGCGCCACCGUGUCCCCUGCAGCCGCCGAAGAAUCACUGCGCCCGCCCUGCCCGGACAGGAGCCAACAGCAUCCCUGCCACCUGGGACUGUAACUGCACCAAAGGGGAGGCUGUGUCUGUAUCAAACCAGAUGAGUUUAUGAAUAAUAAGAAAUCACAUGAAGUGCAGGUGAUGUCAGAGCUGGUAGACAACAUGGCGAAUUAUUGUGGGAUAAAGCAGGUGAUUGAUAUAGGUUCUGGAAAAGGCUACUUGAGUUCAUUUUUGUCCAUGCAAUAUAACUUAAAGGUUUAUGGCAUUGACUCGUCAAGUUCCAACACAAAUGGUGCUCAUGAAAGAAACAGAAAAUUGAAGAAACACUGGCGAGCAUAUCAGAGUCGAGGAAGAGAAAACCUCAAAUGUCAGAGUUUGGAAAAGGCAAAUGACAGACCAGUGGAAAGUGAAAUUACAUGUAAAACAAUCAAUGAAGAGCUCUUAAAUAAUGUGAAAAGUCUUCAAAAUCAGGACCAAGUGAUUAUCCAAGAUUUAGUUCCUUCUUCUGGUUUCAUGGAAUUGACUACACCUGAAACCAGUGCAGAAACUGAAGCUGAUUUGGUGACUAGGACACAGUCUCAUGAAACCAAACUUUCUGAAGAGGUCCCUGAUACUCUAAGUGUUCUUCCUGCUGAUGCUGUAGAAGAUUUUUCUUCACCUCAUUAUAACUGUGGGGAACUCUGUGAAAAGGAAAAAGUACAAAGAAAAAUGACAUCUCUCAAGAGUAAAGCAAGAAAGUCAAGUGAAUCGAGUCUGUAUUUUCCACUGACCUCUUGCAUCACUGCAGAAACAGAACUCAGUGACAUCAUAACAGAUCUGGAGGACUGUAUGUUGGUGGGUCUGCAUACAUGUGGAGAUCUUGCUGCAAAUACACUACGAAUUUUUGCUGCCAAGCCUGAAAUCAAAGCCAUUUGCAGUGUGGGCUGCUGCUACCAUCUGUUGUCAGAACAGUUUGAAAACCAAGAAGAAUGCCAUGACCAAGUGUGGGGGUUUCCCAUGUGUCAGUACUUGAAGGACAAAGGCUGGUGUUGUGGUCGCAAUGCUAGGAUGUCAGCAUGCUUGGCUUUGGAGCGAGUUGCAGUUGGCCAAAUGCUGCCUACAGAAUCAUUGUUUUAUCGAGCUGUUCUUCAGGUUAUCAUAGAAGAAAUUUAUGGUGUCACCAAAAGUGAUCGACAUGUUGGAAAAACCUUCUCCAAAUCAUCCUCCUUCAUAGAUUAUGUCAGAAGGUCUCUGAAAAAGCUGGAACUGGAUGAUUCAAAGCUCCCAGACAGCUGUAUAAUGAAUUACUAUGAAAAGUACAAGCACAGAAUGAACGAACUCGAGGCAUUUAAUAUGUUGAAGGUUGUUCUGGCUCCUUGCAUAGAAGUUUUGAUACUUCUGGAUCGUCUUUGCUACCUCAAGGAGCAGGAAAACAUUGCCUGGUCUGGACUUGUGAAGUUAUUUGAUCCUGUGAAGUCCCCCAGAUGCUAUGCAGUUAUUGCUCUGAAGAACCAGUCAUGUUUUUAAGUGGAAGCAAAUUGCAGAGCUUGGAAAUUCUGAACUGAUAUUGUUGUUUCCUCCCUUUUAUUGUGUUAUUUUUAAUUGAUUCCUCAAAUACAGUGUUUGCUUUUCAUAUGCAAAAAAAAAAAAAGUGCAAUGCUGCUUUAAACCUUCAGAAAUAAAUAUGUCCUUUAUAAAUAGGAUUGCUUCCUUAUGUCAGUUAUUAAACAAUGUUGAACAUAUUCUUUAUUAUAAAUAUUAUGGUCCAUACUGUGUGAUUAUUAUUUAAAAUAACAUUUAUGUUUUUUCUUUUUAAGGUAUUGUGGUUGUAUAUCAAUAUCCUUUCUCUUGAUACUUCUAAUGCCAAGAUAACCUUCUCAAUUUUUACCAGUGGCUGGUAUCAGCAAUCUCAGACUAGGCUCACUUUUUUUCUGUUCUGAAUUCAGAUGGUGCAAAGUGUAACAGAAAAAUUACCUGCACUGUAAACAAGAGGCUCAUAGACUAAAUAGGAUCUUUGUGCUUCCUCUUCUUCAGGUCAUCGAGACCAGCUCAUAUAUAGAGCAGCACAGAAGAGCCUGGGUAGGGUCUACCUGCAGAGGACAGUUUUGUGUUAACCCCUUCUUCCUUCAGGCAUUUUCCUGCAUGCACUCAUUUGCCUGUCACUCUGAAAGGCAAAUAUGUGUGCUCUAAUCCAGUGUGAGAUUUCCCAGUGCUUAAGAAUCUGCUGCCUGCUGGGAUUCACUCUGUAAUCCUUGGUUUGUAUUGGAAAGCUAUUACCUGGCCCAAAUCUGUUGGGUAUAAAUACUUUGGUACCCAAAUGAAUUAAAACUUCCUAGGCAGUUUCUUGUAGCUGUGUUGCAUUCAUGAGUGGGAAAUUUAUUUGUUGAUGUAUUUAUCUCAAUUAAACUUGCAGAUUUUCCAUCAAAUAAAAAAACAAAGUUUCUUUUCUAAGUCCUAGUGCUUUUAUUAGAAUACAAUUAACUACUAGUGCACAGAAAAACAGGACAACCAAUAAUAUUAAAAUACACCAUUAAAGACAAAGAAGAGGGGAAGAAAGAAAAGGGGAGAAUACGCACAGAAGAUGAGAAUAACAAAAAAUACUUUUAUGUUAAUUGUACAAUAACAGUAAUUAGACUAAGACUGAGAUGUCAGUAGGAAUGGACCUUACUCUGUUGCAGUUUGCACAAUAUAAUGAGAGCUUGUGAACAUAGCCAUUCAAGAGAAGUAAGGUGUUUUUCUAACAAGUCACAUAUUUCUUGAUGUAUUCACUUGGAAGAAAUAAUUUGGUUUUAUGUCUUCUAAGUUCAUUGCUAUCUAUGUUAGAACUCCCAGUCCUUAUUAGCUCCACUGGUUCCAGCAUAUGAGCUUCUGAUAUUUAUUUGGCCCCAGAAUAUUUAAUCUUUAGAGGUGCCGAACAUCUUCAAUGUUCAAGGAAAUUAACAGAAGUUGCAAGUGUGGAGCAGUAGAGCUUAGAGAAAAAUGAGGCCUUCCAUACAUGCCACUUUUUGUAAUAUAGAGAAUACUGAGGAAACUAACAAGCUGCUGAAUAAUUUUGCCAGGUGAGGAAUCGAAAGAAAAUCCUUUCCUAACCUCUAAGCAUCUGGAAGAAAAAAAAACCAAACCAGUAAUAUCUAAUAUAAAAAGACAAUCCAAAGUGCAUGAUGUUAAAAAGAAAAAAGGUGAACAAAAAUUCUAGAAAAAGAGGUUUUAUUAUAUUAUGUUCUGCUAAGACAUGAUGACUAACUGUUAGGGAAAUGUUAGAGGGUUGUCAUCCCUAUCUUAUGUACUGUUGAAAAAAUAUGUUUGGGGAAGAAAUUGCCUUUUUUCUGUUAUGAAUUUGUUCUUCUGCUUUUUCAGACCAAAUUCUAAAAACUGGGCAUAUAUGAUGUCUAAACAAAGAAAGCACAGUUUCCCACUGAAAACAAUUGCUUAAAAGUACCUUGUUAUGGCCCAAAAAUAUUCAUUUGAGCAAGCCCCAUCUGGCUUAAUUUGAACACAGUCGCAAUUGCGAAGGGUAUACAGGUUAUUGUGAAUUUUAUCUGAUAUGUGUGUAAUGCUAGAUAAAUUCAAAGUUAAAUUUUCAUUACUAUCUUAAGAGAACACGUGCAACAGUUUAGAAAAACAAGUGCAUCUCUAGGAUUAGCACCAAUGCUUUUCUUCUGUUUUAAAAGGUCUGAAUAAAUUUGCAUUCCCCCCCCAAAAAAACUUCUCAGGCUCUUUCAGUACUUUUCAUGUACUUUGUGGUCUAUGCAGGCAAAAACAGAGGCGAUGUGCUUCUUAGAAUAAUAACUAUCAAGAGGUUUAUAUGAUGAGUUUGGAUUCAAGUAGUUGCUGUCUGUUCUUGAAGCUGUUUCAAAGCUUUGGAUGGCUGAAUACAUAUGAGUUAUUGUUUACACAAUGGAAAAAUCCCUGAAAGUAAUCAAGAUGAAUGAAACCAUUUUUCUUCAUGGUUAUUGCCAGAAGUUCUUCCAUAAAGUAAACUGUAUCCUAAGUAUUUUGAUAGGAAAGAAUCUCCAUUUUCUUUCAGUGUCACAGACCACUUCUUGCUCUGCUCCCUAAGUAACGGGAUAUACCUGCUUUCCAUCAGGUAUUUGUCUGAUUCUGCUUGUGGCACAGCAUGCAUUUUCUAACUGAUUUAGAGUCUUUUAUUUAUCUUUCUUAGGGUUGAAACCUGUUCUUAAAUGGAGGAAUAUGAGUAUAUGCAGUGUAUGUGUGCAACCUUAAUAUUUGAGACAUCAUUGCAGCCCUAAAAUCUCCAAGCCUGUUUUUGUGAGAAACUUUGAGUGCACAUCAAGUGGGGUUCCUCAGGGGCUGGCAUUUAACAGAGACUGGGUAUUUGUUGGAGACGUGGGCAGUGGGAUCGAGUGCACCCUCAGCAAAUUUACAGAUGGCACCAAGCUGUGUGGUAUGGUCAGUGUGUGAGGGAAGGGAUGGCAUACAGAGGGAUCUUGACUGGCUUGAGAGAUGGGCCCAUAAGAACCUCAUGGAGUUCAACAAGGCCAAGCACAAGGUUCUGUGCCUGGUUUGGGGCAAUCCCAAACACAGGCUAGGCAGAGACUGGAUUGAGAUGAGCCCUGGGGAGAAGGACAAGGGGGAAAGGCCUCAAGCUGAAGGAGGGUAGGUUUAGAUUAGAUGUUAGGAAAAAAUGGUGAGGCACUGGAAUAGUUUGCCAUAGAGGUUGUUGAGUCCUCAUCCCAGGUUGGAUAGGGCUCUACGACCUGGUCUAGUGGAAGGUAUCCCUACCCAUGGCAGGGGAGUUGGAACUAGAUGAUCUUUAAGGUCCCUUCCAAUCCACACCAUUCUAUGAUUCUAUGAUUCUACGUCUGAUUCCUGAUUUUGUGUUGUUUUAGUUUCUGGGAUUUUAGU